AGGUGGUUAUCGGCAAGUGUCCAUCCGCAAGUCACUUCAGUACAGAUAAUUUAAGUGUUUGCCGUGACGGCUACAUUAGACAAAGAAACUAGAAAGUUUAUUACGUAAAGUUUAAGAAACAAAGAGAUGCAAUUUAUAUUUUUUGUCCUUAUAUCUGUGGCGCGUUAAUGACAAAUGUGACGUGUGUGAUUUAAAAUUUUAAACAAUACACUUUGUUUUAGCUUGCUAUAAAUUGCAUAUUUUUCAGUUUUCAGCGAUGUUUUAUUUAGUUUUUUAAGUUAAAUUAAAUAAAUGUCUUACUUUCCAUCAAGUGUUAACAUUAAACAAUAAUCUGUUAGACGUACUAUAAAAAGAGUAACGAAAAUAUUGUUUAUAAUUAUUUUAAAAGUUAAUUACCUUGUUUUGAACCUACGGUGAACGCAAUUUAAAUUAAUCAUUCUGUAAUUAAUAACUUUAAAAGUUUUUUGCGUUAGUCAAAGGACUAUGGAGAAAAAAUUCGAUAAAAAGUUUCCAAAUGGUGCUCUAACAUUUUACAUAAAAUUAUAUUGCAAAAGAAAAGGUGACGCUAAAAAAAAAUGUACAGCAGUAAAGGAGGCAAUGAAAUCAUGGAUUUCACUUAAUAAAUCUGAGAAACAACUUUUUGUGACCAAAUACAAUGAACAUAAAAGCAAUUUUAAGAAAAAUAUUGCUAUGUGCUUGAAACAGGCUGAACCUUACUUGAGAUCCAAAGUAAACAUACAUUAUAAAGAAUGUUCACAAAAUGCUAACAUUAUUAUUCAAGAUGUAGAUAAAGACAUACUUAAUAACAAAUUAUCACCCUCAAAAAUAGAAGAAGAUGAUGACAUGGAUCCUACUCCAAAUGGUACUCUAAAUGCAGAAAAUACAAAAUUAAUAAUAAAUGAUUUUAAUAAUGGUAUCCAUAACAAUACCUCACCCAUGAUAAAUACAACCUCACAGGAUGAAAUGACAUUAAUUCCAGAACCAACUGCUCCAAAAAUCAUGACAUCUAAAGAAUUGUUUACUAUAAUUAAAGAAAAAGAAAAUAAUGAAUUGAUAUGGGAAGAAUUAACCUUGGUACAACGAAGGCGUUACCAAGAAGCUGUACGAUCUAUUAAGAAGAAUUACAUAAAACAAUAUAGAAAAUAUUUAGAGCAUUUAUCAUCUGAUAAACUGUUUAAUCACUACAGAAACAUUGUUAAUUCCGCCUAGAAAACCCAUUUUAUAGACCAACAUUGGAUUGAUGAAUUGGUGAAGGUUGAGAUAACAGAAACAAAACUUACUUGUGUGUUGUUAUUUUACUUUAAUGAUUAAAUAUAAUAUUAUUAAUA